AUGACACAAGGCAUUUUGGCGGUCCUUUUCUGGCACUGGGCUACAGUCACUUUCUCGUCGGCGCACUCUCACUGGUAUCUCGAUCCUAACGACGGUAUCUACAAAGAAUUAAACGACUCUGUAUUUGCGCUCAAUCGGCGUUUGUCCGGCGAUGUCGGCGUCUUCAAGCAGCAAGAAAAGGAACGCGAAGAAAUCAACAAACUGGGCGAGGAGCUGAGUCGUGUCAAAGAAGUGCUCGAAGAGGUAGAAGCUGCGGAAAAGCAAGGUGACCUCGAAUACGAUCACUACAGGACGUGUGCGAAUUGCACUGCAGCCGGGAAAAAACUUCAGGAAUUCGACUUGUUCCAGACCACCGUAAUACAUCCUACCUCGCGCAACAUAAACACUAAGCCGUACUUUCUUAAAUGUACUAAAUGCCUGGAGUGCCGGACAGAGGCUGAACACCAGCGAUUUGCAAAAGAGGCGCAGGAACGGAACCUUAUGCCUUACUGUACCGUUAUUGAAGCAAAGUGGCGGAUGAACCCGUUCGAUCAUUUGGAGGGAAUGCAAACUGAGAAGGAGUUCGAAGAAUUGCGCGAACAUGCCCUCACUUCAACGAUGUAUUUUCUGGGAAACGCCGAGGAGGACUUUCAUUUCACCACUGCGGAAGAGAAGUCACGCUACAAGAACGGCGAGGACCUCGAUCAAAUGGGCCACUGUAUUACGAUCGGACUAUCAAGGGAUCCAUCAGACUGGGUGCUCUUUAAUUUGGCUUCGAUUUUUUGGAGAAUCCGCGGAUUUCCCAAGGAAGCACUAGAAUGCGAUCGACGCGCUUACCUUCUUGCUCCAGUAGAGUAUCGAGACAUGGCACUCGUGAAUAUAGCGAAUGUCUUGCACAAGCAGGGAUAUACUAGGAACGCAACUGUCUUGAUGAGAGCUGCUGCAGAUAGUUACCCACAUGCUAUAAAUCACUUUGCACUGGGAAAUAUGUAUUCUGUUGUCGAAGAUUACAGGCGAGCAAUCAUCCAUUACAGUGCUGCUCUGAAGAGGGAACCUAACUUUGAAGAAGCACUUCUCAGACGACAUGCAGUGAUGUGCCAAGCUCAAUAUCACGUAAAACUCGAAAAGCAAUUUCAAUCGCUCAACAAGACUUUGUACGAGCUGGAAAAAUACAAACGCAUACAGGAAAAAUAUCAAGAACAAUCACUAGAGGGUCGCUCCUCCUCGCGCCCCGCAGAAGCUGAUAGAAUUGACUCGUUGAAAAUCACUCUUUGGAACGAUCAGAUCAUCAAUUUCAAAACCGGCAAAACUGUACAACUCAGCGGGGAUGAGUUUUACACAUUAGCUGAGAACGGGAAGACCAUUCGAAGAGAGUUCGUGCCUUUUUCUGAGAUGAAUCGUGACGAAGAAGAGCAAAACGAAAAGGAUCGAUGUGAUCAACACUUGGCUAGAGUGCCCGAAUGGAGCGAGUACCCUAGCUGGUAUGUAGAUCCCGCAACUCGUGGAUUCAACAUUACCGCGCUAUUGAGCGACUUUAUCGGUCAUGAUCAGUACGACGUCUCCCUCCCGCCUCAGCCUUGGCGACGUCCACAUUGCGAUAAACUCGAGCCUGAUAUUGAAAACGUGUUCGUCGAUUCAAUUAAGGGCAUCCAGUUCAGAGACAGUUAUCCAGCAAACGCUCAAGAUCAGUACCAGCUCCGGCGUCUCCUUUUCCACAUAAAUUCUGGUCACAUUUGGCCUGAUUCAAUUGGUGAGCGGAUUUUGUUAGCGACUGAAAAGGCCAAAAACGAAGCGACAGAACACCUAUGGCUCCUUUACAACACCGCAGCGCUCUACUGGCGAGUAAUGGGAGGCAAUCGGCAAGCGAUCGAAUGUCUCAGAAGAGCUGUAUUACACGCGCCCCAGAAACACCAAGACAUUCCACUAACUCAACUUGCCUACAUCAUGUACCGCUUUAAUCGCCAAGAAGACACUCAUCAAUUACUUCUCAGUGCAAUCGAACGGAACAACAGUGAACCUGUCACCUACUUGGCUUGGGGGAUCCAGCAACUCUCACUAAACAACGCCACGGGUGCAGUUACUUUGUUGAAAUACGCUUUAGAAUUGGACCCAAACUUCCAAGAAGCAGAGCAAUGUCUCUUUAUUGCGAGAUGUACCGUUCUACGUGAGAAGCUCGGAGAAAAAACCAGGACAAUAUCUGAGAAGGAAAACGACAAGCUUCUUUUUUGGGAAAAGAGCUGGAAACCAGAGAACUGGCAUGAUAGCUAUUUGAGAGGACCGGCAGAUGACUUGAGUCUGAACGAAAAAUCAUUUCCAGAAGAAAGUGAAAACGAACGCGUUUCAAGAAUGGCACGCAGACAUUCUAAAUUCGGAGUAAUGGCCGAGCGACUGAGCCUCGAAAGCGAGCUUCCAGUGAGAGUCGAUCAGGUGGAGCUUUUACUAGAAAUAAUCGAAGACGAGCUCAAAUCGAACGACAAUUAUCAAAGCGUAGACACUGGAAAAAAUGAUGACGGCGAAAAGCUAAAAUACAAUAUUGCUGCGAAUCUGAUUGCAAAAUUAACAAAGGUUCGCGAUUCUGAAGAUCCAAUUCAAGUGAUUCAAAAAGAGACUAAUGCUGCAAAAGAUGAACUUUGA